AUGGGCAACUACCAGCUCCCAGCUCCCAGCGUGGCUGAGUAUAACCCCACGCUGUUCAGUCACGCCCAGGAGAGGGCUGGGAGUUGUCCCUCCCCUUCCAGGAUUUUUGUCAACCGCAGCCUGGAGCUGGGGAAGAUUUGUUGCCUUGGCUUCGACAUGGACUGCACUGCCUACAAGUCCCCGGCCUAUGAGAUGCUGGCCUUCGAGUUGCUGCUGGAGCGCCUGGUGUGCGUCGGGUACCCACACGAGAUCCUGCGCCGCACCUACGACCCUGCCUUCCCCACCAGGGGGCUGGUGUUUGACGCGCCCUGUGGAAACCUGCUGAAGGUGGACGCCCUCGAUUAUGGGCUGCUGGACACCCACGGCUUCUCCUUCCUCCCGGAGGCCGAGAUCUGGAUGGAGUUUACCCCCAGUAAGUUCAUUCAGAGGGAUGAGCUGCAGCGGUCCCACACCCUCAUCACGCUCUUCAACCUGCCUGAAACCUGUCUCUACGUCUGCCUGGUGGGCUUCUUCUCUGGCUGCUCCCGCUACAUCCACUGUGGCACCGGUGAUCAGCAUGGGAACCUCUGUGUCUUCCAGGAUGUGACGGAUGCCGUGGAUAACGUCCACCAUUCGCUCUGCCCCCUCCCGCGGGGCUGUCUCAAGGAGAGGACCCCAGAAGACUUGGAGAAAUACGUGGAGAAGGAUGCGGGAAUCCCCAUCCUGCGGGGCAAGAGGAAGGAGGUAGGGAAGGUGUUCCUGGCUACCGGCAGCUACAACUACACUGAUGCCAUCCGGAGCUACCUGGUUGGCGCUGGGGCUCUGGAGGCUGACGCGGUGCACGCGACAUCCAGCGCUGGCCUCCGCUGCUAUAGCUUGCCCUGGAGGUCCUACUUCGACCUGAUCGUGGUGGACACGCAGAAGCCCUGCUUCUUUGCGGAGGGAACGGUGCUGAUACAGCUCAGGACGGACAUAGGUAAGCUCCGCGUGGGCACCAGCACGGGGCCCCAUCAGCACUGUGCCGUCUACUCUGGAGGGUCGUCAGACGCAGUGUGCAAGCUGCUCGGGGUGCGGGGGAAGGACAUCCUGUACGUCGGGGACCACAUCUUUGGGGACAUCCUCAAGUCCAAGGAGCGGCAGGGCUGGCGGACUUGCCUGGUGGUUCCUGGGCUGUCCCGGGAGCUGGACAUCUGGGCCUGAGAGGAGGAGCGAAUGGAGGAGCUGAAGAGGCUGGACAUGCAACUGGCGGACCUGUACCAGCACGUGGAUGGCAGCAGUUCCAGCCUGCCACUCAUCAGCUCCACCAAAAGGGAGAUUCGGAUGCCCCAUGAGUCAGCAGCAGAGCCAGAAUGGGCCAGUCUGGGUCCUGCCGCCCACCUCCUCUCCUGCAGCCAGAGGGGUUGCUGACGGGAGAGAGAUGCAUUUCUAGUUGUGACUAGUCACACCGGCUGAAUCGGGGUCUGAGUUCCGGCACCCAGUCCCGAGCGGGCAGAAAUGACGAGAAGCACCAUCCCUGGGGCGGCGCUCUUGUGGUAAAGAUGUGAUCGAUCCCCUCAUCUGGAGGAUAAAUGACAGCACUUUGGCUAUCACAGUGAUUCUUAUUUGGUAAUUGCCCAGGAGGAAGGAAAGGCGACCUAUGAUAGUCUCUGGGGCUCAGAUGUCUUCUCAGGCCAGGUGUCCCCUAGCAGAGCAAAGAACUGAAGAGGCAAAGGUCCUUUCCCCACCCCUGUCUGCUGCUCCCUUUUGUUUUUAUUUGAAGCAUUUCUCAAUAACAAAUGCAAAAUUAGGUUUGAAUAUAAAAAGCUAGAUGACCACCCCAGUGCAGGAUUGUGUAUCAUUAAGGAGGCCAGGCCCAGAAAGGAUGUGAAUUACCUCUCAUCUCCAAGGAUCUGUAACGGAAGUCAAAGAUCACACAUAAAAGUCAUCUGUGAUCUCUGAGCGAAAGGCACAGCCAGCAUAAACUCAGCUGCACAAUGAGAGGAUCUGACCAGAUGGUCUGUCACGUCCCACCUAGCGGGGAAGGCUAGUUUCUACACUCAGAUCUUCCAUGCUGGAAGGACUUGCCCUCUCUGCUAAGGUGGAUGCAGGAAGGAAAGUCUAUCAUAUUGUGGAAUUGACCUCCUGAUAUAAAAAAUAACUAUGUUGGGAUUAAGGUAGGUCAAUAAAAUUCAAAUUGUUA